UCAGCGACUUAUAGCAGGACUGCAGAACUUUCUGACACUGGGGGGAACUGACUUGGUGUCACUGACAUCUCCAAUGACACCAAUAUACUAAUAAAAAGCACUGACACUGUACUAAUGGCACUGGGCAGGAAGGGGUUAACAUCUGGGGUGAUCAAAGGGUGUGCGUGUUUUACUGUGUGUGUGCUUUCCACUGUAAGCACAGUGCUGUGCUAUACAGAGCCAUACAAAGUAGUGUGCAGGAGCUGACAGGGGAAAGAACUGUAUUGUUUACAAACAGUUCUCUCCCCGGUCCAUAAUACUC